AUGAUCGGCUACUGCAAAGAAGGCAGCCACCGGAUGCUUGUAUUCGAGUUCAUGUCAGGUGGGUCACUCCGCGGCUUCCUCUUCAACCCCGAGCAACGGCCGCCAUGGCGCUGGCGUGCCGAGGCUGGGCUCGCCAUCGCCAGAGGGCUCGAAUACCUCCACGAUGGCUGCGUCGCGCAAAUUAUCCAUUGCGAUAUAAAGCCCGACAACAUCCUGCUCGACGACCAUGGCGUCCCCAAGAUCACCGACUUCGGGAUCUCCAAGCUAGUGGGGAGCCAGCAGGUGUACACCACGGUGACCCAUGUUAGGGGCACCAGAGGGUACAUUGCGCCCGAGUGGCUCCACGGCAACUCGCGCGUUGACACCAAGGUGGAUGUGUACAGCUUCGGUGUCGUGCUGCUGGAGAUGAUCAGCUGCCGGAAGUGCCAUGAGCCGGUGACGCCUGAUCGGCCGCAGCGCGCGGAGGAGGACGACGAGACGGUCACAUUGUUUGGUUGGGCGGCGCAGCUGGUGGGCGCACGGAGGACAGAGCUGAUGCUGCACGGCGACGCGGAUGUUGACACCGUUGAGGACAUGGAGAGGGUAGAUCGCUUUGCGCGCGUGGCACUCUGGUGCAUCAACCCGAACCCGUUGCUGCGGUCGACUAUGCACCAGGUUGUGCAGACGCUGGAGACCAGUCGGAUGCGGGUUGAGGCUCUGCUAGACCCUGCAGAUUGCUACAUGGAAUCCUCACCUUUAAUUCCUCAGCUCAAGAUUGAAUGA